AUGGCUCCUACGCAAGUACUAAUCCAACCGCCCUCUGUGACGCGAGUAACGAAUGACGGACUCAGCAACAAAAUCACAUUAACCACAUAUCCCAAAUCAAGCGGCGUCUCCCCAGCCGAACUACAAUGGGGAGCCACAACCCCCUCAGAACGAGGUCCAAUCCUCCUCUCACGAUCCGGAGAUCACAUCUACACCCGCAACGCCAUAGGAGCCCACGGCGGCUCAUAUUCAGUCUACAACGCCCUCGCAGUAGCCGCAGGAGAUCUCCCCAUGAAUUUCCGACCGGAUUUCACCAACACUUACCCGACAUUCGAUUUCACUCCCAAACCCUCAUGGUCGGAUGCGAAGAAGAUUGUUGCCAUGGACCCGUUUGGUCAYAUUGUUUCUACUGCUUUCGCGAAGGAAUUGAAGGAGGGAAAGGAUGUGAGACCUACGAUUGCCAUUACGAGAGCUACGAUGCGAGUCGCUGAAAUCUCCGAGGCGAUUAAAGAAGGUAAUCUUCCCGUUGAUGGGGAUGUUGUCUUGAACAGUCAGGGAGAUGUAAAAGUCACCAAAGUCGCCGUUGAGCCCGUCUGGUAUCUCCCCGGAGUAGCCGAGCGCUUUGGAAUUUCCGAAAGUCAUCUCCGUCGCGUGUUAUUCGAGCAGAUGGGAGGAAGUUAUCCCGAAUUAAUCACCAGACCGGAUUUGAAAGUCUUCCUCCCUCCUAUCGGUGGCCUUACAGUUUACAUCUUCGGCCCCCCCGAACGAAUCUCAGAUCCCACCGUCCGUCUAGCCCUUCGAGUCCACGACGAAUGUAACGGAAGCGAUGUCUUCCAAUCAGACAUCUGUACCUGCCGCCCCUAUCUCGCUUUCGGAAUCCGCGAAGCGAUCCGCGAAGCUCAAAAUGGAGGUUCUGGAAUCGCGAUAUAUUUCCGCAAAGAAGGUCGUGCUUUGGGAGAAGUUGUGAAAUAUUUGGUCUAUAAUGCGAGAAAAAGAGGAGGGGAUACGGCGGAUAAGUAUUUCCAACGUACGGAAAAUGUUGCUGGGGUGAGGGAUAUGCGAUUUCAGGCGCUGAUGCCGGAUAUUUUGCAUUGGUUGGGGAUUUGCAAGAUUGAUAAGAUGCUUUCUAUGAGUAAUAUGAAGUAUGAUGCGAUUGUUGAGUCGGGGAUACCGAUUUUGGAACGGGUUCCUAUUCCUGAUGAAAUGAUUCCUGAGGAUUCCCGCGUGGAAAUUGAUGCGAAGAUUAAUGCUGGGUAUUUCACUACUGGGGCGCAGAUUACGGAUGAACAGCUCAAGCAAGUGGCUGGGCGCGGGUGGGAGAAGUGGGAGGAUAUUGCGGUAAGUGUUGUCUGGAAGUAUAGUGCUGAAUCUCCUUCCAUGUGA